AUGUUUGUCUAAAUCUCCUCUAUUUUAUUAUAUCUCCUUUUUAUUCAUAUUCCGAUAUCUUUUGGAGAUGCAUUAUCUAAAUAAAGCAAUAUUUGUAGACCUCUAGAUUAACCCAGCAAAGUUUUCAGCUUCGAUGAGUCGAAACUCUAUUACAUAAAAAAUAAAAAGGGAACUCUAUGUUUUUACUCUUUUUUACGUCUAAGUAAGUAUUGAUUAAACUCUUAGAUGAAUUUACAAAUUAGAAUAAUGAUUGCUUAUUUAAAUUUAAACAUAUAGAACAUGGCUACUAUACUAUACAAAUAUUUUCUACUGAUUUAUAUAUAGGUAUAGAUUAAAAAAGUUUGGCUGAUAAUUAAUUUCUAAAUCAGUUUUCUUUACCUAUUGAUACUCUUAUGCAAUUUAAGUUUCUGCAUGUAAGAGAUGGAUGGUAUGAAGUUAUAGUUAGACGUACAUCAAGUAUAUGGUCUUUUAGUAUUAACUAUUCGAAUGAAGCAACAGUAUUUUAAACUUAAUGGAGAAUAUAGGGAAUAAACUAAUUAUUUAGAGCCGAGUAAUAUAAUGACUGA